AUGACCCUUGGCCGCGACGCCAUGACACCGCUCACCAUACUGUCGGUCUCCGAGACCAUCUACCACAACCUGCUUACGUCCAUGGUGCAGGACAUCGUGUCGCGCACCACCAGUCGGCAGCAGCUGCAGGACGCCCGCUACCCCGGGCUCGCGCCGCUGCACCACGACCAGCGCGGCGCGCUGGACGUCUACGGGAGGCCCAAGCCGCAGGAGGCCUCGGUCUACUUCCGCUGCCCCAAUUGCAGCAGGGAUCUCUCGGCCAACCGCUUUGCUGCGCACUUGGAGCGCUGCAUGAGCAGAGGAGCUCGCCGGGGCUAG